CUAUUUAGCGAUACUCUUUCAUCCGAUGAGGCACUAGCGCUUCCACCUCCCAAACUUCCAACGUUCCCAAAUCCGCCAUCGACGUGUUUUCAGAGUCGAAAAUCCACCACAGCAGUAGCAUCACGAUCACCAACAACGAUGGACAACGAGAAAAGGGACCGUGUCAUUUUCCAGGCUGUGGAAAUCAUCUCAGAGUGGUUGGCUGCGGAGCCGUGUUUCAUUGACCCUGAGGCGACCUACGGCGAUAAGAAUGCGCGAUUUCUGGACACUGUGGUUCAGCGUCUGCAGAAUUUUAAGACCACCAUUAGCUGGGAAGUGUUAAAGAUGCUGCAGGAUGCUAGCAAUGCCUGUCGGGAAACUCGCCAAUCACCUACCACAACCAGACUUCGGAGUCCGCUAUGCACCCAUACUAGUUUUUCAAAAACUGACUCGACGACUGCUGUUCCACGUCGGACCCCAAUUUCGGGUGAGCUUUCUUCUCGUACGCACGAAGGACGCGCCUCCCACUCAGAAACUCCAUUUCAUAUCGACGUUCUUCCACGAGUCAGCCCGGUCAUGGUGUCAGAGGUGCCCAGAAGAGUGUUUGAUGGAGUGCUCCACCAUCCAUGUCGCUACGGAAUGGGAUUGGGAAAGACACCGUCUGUUCUUUUCAAAAGAGGCGGAGGCGGCAGUGAUGUAGUUGAUAUGGACGCUUCCCAUUGGAGACGUCCAUCUCGCCGCAAACUAAAGAUGGAGAUGGAAGUGGAGGGUGAUUUGGACGAUUUCUUAACUUCUGGAACAUUGCGGCAUCCUAUUUGGGACACACCAGAUGAGUGCAAAACAUACUACUCGAAUAUUCUCAUGUUGGAGUAA